UUGCAUUUUUUCGUCGCGGUGCCGUCGAGUUCGUUUGAUGCGGCUCCACAGACUAGGCUCAAGACGUUCACUUACACUUUUGGAUAUAUCAUCGUUAUACUGAGGUUCUUCACAAUCGCAAGUCGCAAUUCGACGCUGAAAAUGCUGAUGCUGACGGUUGUGAUGGGCAUGUUCCGAUCGUUUUUCAUCAUCACAGCUAUGUUUCUGCUCGUGCUCUUCUACGCCUACACCGGUGUCAUUCUGUUCGGAAUGGUCAAAUACGGUCAAGCGGUCAGCAAGUACGUUGGUCUAUGGUAUUGGAACGAGUACUUAAUAACUAACCACGAGAUCACUUGUCAAUGUACUUCUGCUGACAGGUAA